AUGGGCUCCGCGGAGCCAGAGCAACAGCUUUUGCUGCCCAGACUAGACCCCCGCGGUCGAGUCUCCGACUGGCCGUCUGCCACCAUCGAGGAGCUCCUUGAGCAUUCGGUCCCACUCCGAUGGUGGCCGCGUCUAGUGGCCUGGGAGUCGAGGCUGCUCUGGCUCUUAUCUGGCUCAUCCAUUGUCGUGUCCAUCUUUAACUACAUGCUCUGUUUCGUGUCGCUCAUGUUUACCGGGCAUUUGGGCACGGUGGAACUUGCAGGAGCCUCCAUGGCUACCGUGUGCAUCCAAGGUCUUGCUUAUGGAAUUAUGCUGGGCAUGGCCAGCGCGGUGCAAACUGUAUGUGGCCAGGCUUAUGGGGCAAAGAGGUACUCAGAAAUGGGCAUCAUUUGCCAAAGAGCUGUAGUUCUGCACUUGGGAGCAGCUGUCCUUCUCAGCUUCGUAUACUGGUUCUCCGGCGACAUACUCCUUGCGAUCGGACAAUCUGAGACCAUCACUGAGCCAGGCCAGUUAUUCACGCGGGGAUUGAUCCCUCAGCUAUACACAUUUGCCCUCACCUGCCCGAUGCAGAGGUUCCUUCAGGCACAGAACAUAGUGAACCCUCUGGCUUACAUGUCCGUGGGGGUCUUCCUCUUGCACACCCUCCUCACAUAG